CCUGGCUUUGACAACAUUCCAGGUUCCAUUCUUCAUGUUGAGAUUCGCCCAGUCCAAACUCUAUCGAAGUGAGAACUAUGGGAAGUCGUUCCAGGAUGUCACAAACCUCAUCAACAACACUUUCAUCAGGACAGAGUUCGGGAUCGCCAUCGGACCAGAGAACUCUGGGAAGGUGAUCCUGACAGGUGACGUGUCUGGCAGCCUGGGAUCUCGUAUCUUUAUCUCCAGAGACUUUGGGAACAGCUUUGAACACCAGGACCUUCCCUUCAACCCCCUGAUGCAGAUCACAUACAACCCCAGAGACUCCAACGUACUCCUGGUUAUCAGCAACUCUAACGAGCUCUGGCUGUCCGAGGACUUUGGAGAGAACUGGGUGAAGAUCCACGACAUGGUGUGUCUGUUCAAAUGGGGGAUGGACAGUAACAUAUUCUUCACCACCAGCCUCAAUGGAUCCUGCAAUGACAGGGGGAUGCUGGACUUGAGGAGGACAACGGACUAUGGGAAGACCAUCAAGACUGUUGCCACUAAGAUCUUCUCUUUCGGCCUGGGGGGAAAGUUCCUGUUUGCCUCUGUUAUGACUGGAACUGGCACUCUGAGGAUGAUCCAUGUGUCGACUAACCAGGGGGAGGAGUGGAACAUGGCUCAGCUGCCUCCGGUUGGCCACGAGGAGUUCUAUUCCAUCCUGGCAGCCAAUGAGGACAUGGUGUUCAUGCACGUGGACGAACCAGGAGACACAGGCUAUGGCAGCAUCUACGUGUCAGACGACAGGGGUACAGUGUACUCUAAGUCUCUGGAGCGUCACCUCUACACCACCACAGGGGGCGACACUGACUUCACCAACGUCACCUCUCUACGAGGGGUCUUCAUCACCAGUAUACUGGCAGAGGACGGCGCGGUGCAGUCCGUGGUGUCCUUCGACCAGGGAGGGGAAUGGGUGCCCCUGCAGAAGCCUGCCAACACCAAGUGUGAMUCCACAGCCAAAGACCCCGACAAGUGCAGUCUCCACAUCCACGCAGCGUACAGCACGGCUAUGAAGCUGAACGUCCCCAUGCUGCCUCUCAGUGAACCAAACGCUGUAGGACUCAUCAUGGCUCACGGGAGUGUGGGCGAUGCCAUCUCUGUGAUGAAGCCUGACGUAUUCGUGUCAGAUGAUGGAGGUUACACCUGGCUGCAGGCCCUGGAGGGACCUCACCACUAUGCCAUCCUGGACUCUGGUGGACUCCUGGUGGCUGUGGAACACUCUACUCAGCCCAUCAAAGACAUCAAGUUUUCCACAGACGAGGGCCAGUGCUGGCACGUUCACCAGUUCACUAGCGAUCCCAUCCACUUCUCAGGGCUAGCGGCGGAGCCGGGGGCGAGGUCUAUGAACGUCAGUGUCUGGGGCUACAGAGACUCUCUGCUCAGUCAGUACUGGGUAUCWGUCACCGUCGACUUCAGAGAGCUGCUCACUAGAACCUGUGAGGACCAGGACUACGUGCAGUGGCUGGCACACUCUGAUGACAUCAGCGACCCUAACGACGGCUGCAUGCUGGGUUAUAAGGAGAAGUUACUGCGUCUAAGGAAGGCCUCGGUCUGCUGGAAUGGACGGGACUAUGAGGUCAACAAGCAACCCACCCCCUGCUCCUGCACCCUGGAUGACUUCAUGUGUGACUUUGGGUACUACCGUAAAGAGAACAGCUCUGAGUGUGUGGAGCAGCCGGACCUGAAGGGCCACCUUCUGGAGUUCUGUCUGCAAGGCAAGGAGGAGCUGCUGCAGACCAGAGGCUAUAGGAAGAUCCCCGGGGAUAAGUGUGAGGGAGGAACACAGCCGGAGAGAAAAGAGAUMGACCUCAGUAAGAGGUGUGUCAGUGAUCUGCUGGGACCUCAGGAACUACUGAUGGAUGGCCAUCUGUCCAGCUCUGCACCCAUCAUAGUGACUGUUUUAAUCAUUAUGCUGCUCGCAAUCGUAGCUGGGGUCCUCAUCGUCAAGAAGUAUGUCUGCGGUGGCAGGUUCCUGGUACACAGCUUACUCUUUACUCUGGCUGGUCAGGAGGACCAAGGCACCGGCCACUUCCUUUUGGGUGGCAUGGCUGGUGUGCUGACUGCUGCUCUGUCCAGAGCCAGGCAGCUGCCGCCCUACCGUGUCCCACCUCCACCCCCAGGGGAAGGACCUGCUCCUACCUUGCCCCCUGUUCCCUCCAACCCCGGGUAA